UAUCCAUUUGUCUUAGUACCGUAAAAUACAAACACAUAAUUAAAACCAAAAUCAGUUUGAAUCUUUUGUGUUGUACCUGUUCAUUCGUUUUUCUGGUUAGCUGUGAGUUUAAUAUGCAUUGUUUUUUCAGAAAGUUCCGUGACCUUGAUUUAUAUUCAAUAGUCGUGUUCUGGAGGGAAAUUCAUUUUACCGGUUCCUUCGGUCGGAGUACUCCGUGCCCGCCCUCGUCGUGAUUGUAACUUCAGUCUUGGGACCGACUACAGUCUUACAUUCAACGGCUUUAUGAACGAAGUUAUCUGUGCCCGACUCGCAGCUGUGUUUAAUUGGUGAUGAAAAAUUUAAUAUAGUGUUCUUGUGCGACCAUUCUUUAAAUUGAUACUGGGAAUUUGGCGUACGUGGGUUGCCGGGAUCUCCGAACCCGAACAAGAAUUUCUGCUUUUUAGAAACUCCUGAUGCAAAUGUGUAUUUUUUUAUAUACUCGGAAGUGCCGGUGAGCGAUUUGUUGGGGCAGUUUCGCAGAUUCCCCGCACGUGAAGAUAAGGGUCAAAUCAGUCAAUGAUAAUGGCCAGCCUGUCGGAGAUGGAGAAGGACAUUGCCGAGCUAAAACUUUUAUUGGAUGGAGCAUCUCGUAUGCGGAUCAAGAAUAUUUUACAGUCCGAACUCACGAAGGCGCGGGCUGAACUUGAGUCAUUGCAACGAGCCGCAACUCGAGAUGCUUCAUCGAAAGAAGCUUCAUCUCUGAAAGCGUUGUGCACGGUGAAGCUUACCAAUUAUGCUUGGGAUCAAACGGAUAAAUCCGUCAAAAUUUAUCUGACAAACCUUCCGGGUAUUGGUGAUCUCCCUGCGGACAGCGUUUCAUGUGGUUUUGAAGACCGGUCUGUGAAUGUCUUGAUCAAAGGUUUGAAUGACAAGAAUUAUUCCUUCAGCUUACUGAAGCUGUUGGAAGAAAUAAAACCAUCGCAAUCAAGUUUCAAGGUCAAGGAAAGUAGCGUCAUUUUAACAAUGCCGAAGAAGAUUUCUUCACGAUGGGCUCAUUUAUUAUUUUCGGAAAAGAAAGCGGAGGACAAGCGUUUCGAUAUGCCAGAUGCUGAUGAAGACCCCUCUGCAUCUUUAAUGAAACUUAUGAAGAAAAUGUAUGAUGAAGGUGACGAUGAGAUGAAAAGAACACUCACGAAGUCGUGGUACGAGUCGCAAAAUAAACAGGAUCGUCCUUUCGGUGUCUGAUUUUUCAAUGUGUUUGAUGGGCAUCUCUUGAACUUCCGCACUGUUGAUUUCCUUUCACCAAUUUAUGGUGCGAAGUGCGUUUUCAUUUUUGUCUGAUCAGCUCUUUGGUGUGCGGUAAUCCAGUUGAACUGCUUUGCCAGAAAUACAUUUUUCGAGUUGUA